UUGUCGCUAGCCAAUAACAAACUACACCGGAUACACAGCCUGACAAAACUUGUUAACCUCAGAGUACUCAAUUUGGCUGGUAAUAAUAUCACCGCUAUUGAAGGUUUAAAGGAAUUAACGAGCCUUCAGUAUCUAAACCUGUCGGAGAACAAACUCAAGAGCUUUAACAACCUGAACAAGAAUGUCAACCUGCUGCACUUGGACGUGUCGGACAACCUCAUCGACGGCCUCUCAGAUCUGUCCCCUCUCAUACAUCUCCACACUCUUCUACUGCACAACAACAGCAUACAUUCGAUGCAAGUGGCACAGCGGUAUUUCCCACAGUCAUUGAAUAUUCUGUCGCUUGCCGAGAAUAAACUGGAUGAUCUCAAUGAGAUUUCGUACUUGAGCGGGUUGAAGAAUUUGGAGCAGCUGUCGAUUGCCAAAAACCCCUGUGUGAUUGCAACGUGUGAAACGCAUUGCUUUGACUACCGGCCGUUUGUCGUAAACUGGUGUUUGAAUUUGAAGAUUCUUGAUGGCUCUAUAAUCGGCCAGCGUGAAGGACUAAAAGGGGAGUGGCUGCUUAGUCAGGGCAAAGGGAGGCAUUUUGUACCAGGCGAGCAUGAGCUGUUGACCGAGUACCUCUCAAGUACAUGCCCCGUAACAUCCAACCACGAUGAACCUGCGAAAGAAGCCAAGUUGAAACAUAUACUAAAUAAACAGAGAGAGUAUCAACAGCAAUUGUCUAAAAAGUCCCUAGGUGCACCAUCUAUCCAGGCAGUGCUGAGAGGUGACAACCCAAGCUCUUCCCUUAUUGACGACCCAGACGUCGAGAACGCUACCGACGUUCAGAAACGAACGGAUAAGGAUAUCUCGGCGGACAUUCCACCUCCACCUCAUUCCACGUCGCAGGUAUUACGAAACACGUGGACCUCCUUCCAGCAAGUGUUCUCACAGAACCCUUUGCUCAUUUUGCCGGAGACGUCAGCUGGCUACUCUAUUCAGAUCGGUCGCAGUGUUGAGCACACCGAGAGCUCAGCUUCCCUCGUGCUAAUGAGCUGUGAUACCGACGACAGGAAAGCCGCGAUGCAGGAUGAGAAGCCUCGCUCGUCACCACACGCCGCCGCGGUGUCGCCGAGCAAGCUCACCAGCUACGAGGCUUACGAAAGUCGGCCCAUACGCCCGCUGGGAAAGGACAUCUUCAGGGCUGCCACCGGCUUGCCGUCGCCGACCAGGCCGCUCACUUCAUCGCCUCAGCGGCCGGACUUCUACGUGCGCAAGCCCCGCACGCCAGUGAGGAAACACCUCAGCAGCCAGCAGAAGUUCGGAGUCGGCGCGAGCGAUUCUGACGCCGGCUCGCUGGAGAGGUCGUCGGAGAUCAGGAGCCGGAAGGCGAAGAAGACCGGUCGGCAGUCGAUGGAGGGCGGUCGCGUGCGGCCGUUCCUGCUCGCCUACCGGCAGCCGUACCGAGCCGAGAAGUACAGCCCCGGCCGCGAGGACGGACAGGAGAACAAGAGCCGCGCUCCCGCUAGUGCGUCGUCCUCCGCGAAGCCGGCGACGAUGAAGUCCGUGAGGUCCGUCGCGCAGAAGGAAGCGCCGGCGAGGAGACGCUCGUCGACGCUGACGCCACUCGGCAACCGCAACGGGCCGGCGGUCGAUAAAUCGAGCGAACGCGGCGUGACGCGCGCAGGAUACACGCGCACGCGCUCGCUCAGCGCCAGCCGCAUCCCGCUCACUGCGACGCAGCCACGCAAGGGCGACGACGACGACCCCAGGUUCGUCUACCGCAACCCCAAGCCGGUCUCGCAGCCGUCCAACCUAGGCAGGAGGAUCGCGUCUGGAGGCAAGCUGCUCAGCCCACAGCCCAAGCAUUGCAUGCAGGCAACUGAGAUGCCAACGACGAUGUCGCAGAGUCUCGAUAGCGCUACGAUGUUUUUCGAGCAGAAACGAUACCCCGUAAAGCAUUUCAAGGACGGCGGUUUGUCACCGGAAGCCGAGAUGGAUCUUAGUCAAGAAGAGGAGAUAGCAGCGGUGCGUAUCCAGGCGUUAUGGAAAGGCUAUCAGGUUAGGCAUCUAGAUGAACGCGUUCGGCAGAUAAAGGAACAGCUGCGAAGUCAGAGACUGGAGGCCCAUGUGGAAGCAUUGGGAAUUGAACUGAAAAGAAAUCGACAAAUGCAUGAACAGGACAAAAGACUUCGCACUCUGCAGAUGGAUGCUAUCAAAUGUCUCUGGAAAGAGGUCAAGGAGCUGCGAAAUUGGAAGAGUGACCUACAGUCGCAAAUGUCAGAGCUUGUAAGACCUGUUGACCCAAGUACUCAGACGAGCCCGGUGACACCGCCGGGUCUGAGCAACAACGCGUCGGCCGACGCCAAGUAUGAACAGCUGGAUAAGAAGAACGAUGCUGCACGCAAGACGGUGGCGGGGGACGCGGCGGCAUCCUGGAUCUGCUUCGUACGCGGCUAUGGCGACUCGAUUGAUAUCAAACGCGAGGAGAAGAUGGGUCGAUCGCGCUGA